CCCCCCCACUCCCCCAAACGAAACUCAAUCACUCAAUCGAGUCCCAGUUCUACAUCUCAAGAGGAAGCCCAUACUUACACCCGAUCGAAAAGGCCACGCGCGAACUCCAACCAUCAUGGCUGAUAUGGGCAUGUUCCAUGCUCUCGGCCACGGCGACGAUCCCAACGAUCCCAACGGCUACGCCGGCGGUCCUCCGCCGAACCCGAGCUUCCGAGCCCAGCCUGCCCCGCCGCCGGCAGGAUACCAACAAGCUGGCGGUACGCCGUUUGGCCAGCCACAGCAGCAACAAGCGUACGGCCUGCCACCACAACGAUCUCCCUACCAACAGCAUACCCCGUACGGCGCUCCCCCACCUUCGACGUCUCCCUACCCGCCGCCACAGCAGCAAAGUCCCUAUGGCCCUCCGCAGGGGCAGCAGCAGCAGCAGUUCGGCGGAUAUGAUCCUACCGGAGGUGUCGGGGGUCUCACCCAGCAGAUGUCACAAGCCGAUUUGAUGAAUCCGCAGGUGGGCACGGUUUCGAGGGCAUCGAAGAAGAAGGGGAGGGCAUACCACCAGCUUGACCAGACACCGGACGCGAUGGGAGGAGGCUCUGGGGGAAUGCCGUCCUUUUCGCCGAAUGUUGGGGACCACAUGCAGCAGGGGUUCCUGAGCAAUCAGCAGUCGCCAGCGGGCGCCCCGGGGAUGAUGGGAGGGCAAUUCGUUGGAAACUCGCAGUUUCCGGGGAACACGCAGCAGUUUGGAGGUUCGCAGUUCCCAAUGCAGGCGUCUCCAGGAUUCGGACCGCAGCAACCUACGGAUGUGGCUGCGUUCCACGCUCGUCCCGGAAGCAGUGGUAUUUCUACCGGUGGAAAGAUUGAUCCCUUGUCUAUCCCAUCUGUCCCGUUUGCUCGUGAUGCUUCGGUCCAGCACUUCCGACAAACCGUCUUCCCGACUCUUGCCCGACAGUUGCCCCCUAAUGCGGCCUCCGACUUCAUCGGCCAUGAUCAGGGAAAUGCUUCGCCGCGGUUCUGCCGGCUGACGUUGAAUGCGGUGCCCACUACUGGAGAGCUACUGAACCUAUCACACCUGCCAUUGGCACUGCUGAUCCAACCAUUGGCCAAGCUGAAGCCGGAAGAGGAAGCCAUUCCGGUUCUAGACUUUGGUGAGAUGGGCCCGCCGCGAUGCCGGCGCUGCAGGACCUAUAUAAACCCGUUUGUGCAGUUCGUCCAGGGCGGCGGCAAGUUUCAGUGUAACAUGUGUCUGUUCCCCAAUAACGAGGUACCUCCGGAGUACUAUUCGCCUCUGGAUAUGAGCGGGGCCAGGCUGGAUAGAGAACAGAGGCCGGAAUUGACCAGGGGCACGGUGGAGUUCGUGGUGCCGAAGGAGUACUGGGUCAAGAAAGACGGGUCUCUGCCGCCGGCAGACGGAAAGGGCGGGUAUCCGAUGCGGUUCCUCUUCCUGGUCGAUGUGACCGAGAAUGCAGUAAACCGGGGGUCUUUGGCGGCCAUGGUUGCUGGAAUCAAGGAGGCACUGUAUGGACAGAGUGCAUACGAAGACGUUUCUGAGGGUGAGGUAUCAGAGGAUGGCACAAAGAGGAGGCUUCCUGAGGGAUGCAAGGUUGCUAUCUGCACGUUUGACAAGGAGAUUCAAUUCUACAACUUGCACCCGUCUUUGGAUCAAUCACAGAUGGUGGUCAUGCCCGACAUCGAAGAACCAUUCGUUCCCUUCGAGUCUGGGCUCUUUGUUGACCCCUACGAAUCCAGAUCCGUAAUUGAACAUCUCCUGGAAAACCUGCCCAGUCUUUUCCUCCACAUCAAGAAUCCCGAACCUGCCCUGAUGCCCGCUCUCACCACCUGUCUCUCGGCGCUCGAGAAGACGGGAGGAAAGAUCAUUUGCUCGCUUUCAACCAUCCCGACGUGGGGCCCUAACCGCCUGGUGUUGCGUGAGGAUAGCAAGAUUUACGGCACUGACAAAGAGAAGACGCUCUUCAAGACGGACGCCCCAGCAUGGCGAACGAUUGCAGGGAAGAUGGUUGAGGCGGGUGUAGGUAUAGACUUCUUUAUGACUCCCUCCGCCUACAUUGACGUAGCCACCAUUGGUCAUAUUGCCGCGACGACCGGUGGAGAGACCUUCUUCUACCCUAACUUUGUCCGAGAAAGAGACACCAAGAGGCUCACCGAUGAGAUUUCUCACACCUUCCACCGCGCAACAGGAUACCAGGCACUCAUGAAGGUGCGGUGCUCGAAUGGUCUGCAGGUUACCGCCUACCAUGGAAACUUCCUGCAAAUGGGGGCGUUAUCGUCGGAUAUCGAGUUUGGAACUAUUGACGAGGACAAGGCUGUCGCGGUCAUGUUCUCGCACGACGGGAAACUGGAUCCGAAGGUGGACGCACACUUCCAGAGCGCACUGUUGUACACUACCAAGAGCGGAGAACGGAGAGUGAGGUGCUCGAACAUCGUCGCCGCGGUCACGGAACAACCUAGAGACACGGUACGAUGGGCAGAUCAGGACGCUGUGCUUAGUGUGUUGGUGCGAGAAGCAGCCUCACAGAUGACUGAGAAGCCUCUAAAGGAGAUCCGCGGUGCUCUAACAGAAAAGUGCAUCGAGAUUCUCGCAUCGUACCGCAAGCACUGCUCCAACGCCGGCAACCCUCCUGGCCAGCUCGUCCUCCCCGAGAGCCUCAAGGAGUUCGCCAUGUACGUGCUGGCACUCCUCAAGAGUCGUGCCUUCCGCGGUGGAAACGUCAGCAGCGACCUCCGGGUACACGCAAUGCGCAUGAUCAAGUCCAUGUCGGCGACCGAACUCCAGCUGUACCUGUAUCCCCGUGUCAUCCCGAUCCACAACAUGUCCGAAGCCGAUGGCUUCGCCGAGGCGUCCGGCCACCUCAAGCUGCCCACAGCAAUGCGCGCCUCGUUCUCAUUUGUCGAAGAGGGUGGUGUGUAUCUCGUCGACAACGGACAGUACCUUCUCCUCUGGAUCCACUCGCUGGUAUCCCCCAAUCUACUGGUCGACCUCUUCGGCGAGGGCUUCGACAAGCUCACCUCCCUCGACCCCUGCAUGCACGAGCUUCCCGUGCUCGAAACGGCACUCAACGCACAGGUCCGCAAUAUCAUCCAGUACCUUGCGUCGCUCCGCGGUAGCCGCAAACUGGCGAUCCAGCUCGCCCGGCAGGGCCACGACGGCGCGGAAUACGAAUUUGCCCAGGCCCUCAUCGAGGACCGGAACAACGAGGAGCGCAGCUAUGUUGACUGGCUCGUCCAUGUACAUAAGUACAUACAGUUGGAGGUGAGUCCCGCUUCAAGGGGCGGAUAGGUGGUGUGGGGUAGUGUGGAAGAAGUGCAAGAAUGUGGGCACUGAUAGGUUGCUUUGCGGGGGAUAGCUUACCGGCCAGCGGAAGAAGGAUGAUGGUGGCA